AAAAAUGAUGGUAAAAUAUUGAGCCGUCUCCUUUUUGGUGGGAUUUUUUUUAUCUUAACGAUGCCUAAAAAAAGAAGUCCAUAAAUAUACAAAUAAAUGAACAAGAUCGGACUGUUCGUUGUAUUAAACACUAAUCAACGUAGCGUUAUACUACUCCAGAAACUCUUCUCCCAUCCAACAUGAAAAUACGCGCACGACGCAAAAGAUACGACUUCACGACGGGAGGCGGACGUGGGGAACGUUAUGAUAAGUACAUUCCAACAGUAUCAUCAAGUGAUGUAAAAUUUCAAACUUCUAGCGAACAUUCUCCGACAUUAGAAAGGAACGAGCCGUUCAAAAAAUUGUCUUUCACCCAUUCCGAGUACGGAGCAAGAGGAUGGGUUGUCGUGUUUGCUUGUUUCAUGGUGGAAGGAUUGUGUUUUGGAACAAUGAGAGCGUUGCCAGUUUAUUUUCUUGAGAUGCAGACCGCGUUCCAUGCUACCAGUAGUCAGAUUUCUUGGAUGCUUUCUUUGAACUUGGCAGUUUUGCAUAUUUCUGGACCAGUAAGCAGCAUAUUGUGUGAAAAAUAUGGCUGUCGGAUAGUGGUAAUGAUUGGAGGACUACUUGCCUCGAUAGGAUUUGUUAUUACCAGUUUUUCUAAACAUAUCGCCUUCAUUUAUAUCGGGAAUGGCGUCAUAACAGGUAUUGGUUUUGGCUGUGCUUUUGUAUCUGCAAAUACCGCUGUAGGACAAUAUUUUCGAAGAAACUCAUCAUUUGCCUAUUGCCUAUCUGCCGUAGGAGGGCCCAUGAUGGGAUUCGUGCUGGCGCCCUUAUUUGAGAUUUUGAACAACAUGUAUGGUUGGAGAGGAGCGUUUUUGAUGAUUUCUGGCUUAACAUUACAUAUAUGUGCAGCAGGAAUGGUCAUGUUGCGUCCAGAAGAUAAGUGCAUUCCAGAUGAGACAAAGGAAACAUGUGUAACGAAAAGUAAUAUCAAAGACAAACCUAAAAAAGAGCAACAAGAAGAAGAAUGUUCUACAAGUCGAGAAAAAAAUAGGCUUCGGACUAUACCAGAAGAAGAAACUUCAAUAGACGACAGCUGUAUGAUGAAUCCGUCUUUCGUACCAUGCGAUGAUGAUGACGAAAUAGUCUAUUUGCCUGAGUCGUGUUCACAGGAUGUAUCGGACGAGAUAUCCAGCGAGUCUAGCAUCUUACGACUUUUGAAGAAUGUUAGAUUUAUUGCCUUCUGUUUUAACGGUGUAUGCAUUGGUGCUGGGGCUUUUACAGCGCCACUAUUUCUCGUUCCUCACGCAGUUUCUCUUGGAUUUAAUCUGUGGGAUUCGUCUGUUUUAGUUUCGAUUUCAUCAGCAGUCUCGAUAGCAAGCAGUUUAUUUGCUGGUUGGGUCAGCGCGUUUCCAAAUGUGAAUAUAUUAUAUGUUGAUGCUGCAGCAUUUGCCUUUCAUUCGGUCAACUGCUUCUUUUGUCAUGUUGUGACGACAUACAACGGAUUGAUUGUAUAUGCAGUGGGCCAAGGUUUCGGUACAGGAAUAAUUCUGGCUCUGGCAUUCUCAAUUUUAGCGGGGAUUGUAGGAACUGAAUGUCUUUCAAAAGGCAUUGGACUCUUUUUACUAAUAACCAGUGUGUCAGUUCUCUUAACACCGCCUACUGCAGGUUGGCUGGCCGAUCGAACGGAAACUUACUCAUCGGCUUUCUAUUUGACUGGACUGGCAUCUGCGGUUGGUUUUGCAGUGAUCAUAGUUAUCAUUUGUUUGCCCAUAACGGAUUCUGAAGAACAAAGUAAAGCUGAUGGCGUAAAUGUAUCCUUGGAAGUCAACACAAUUUCUGGGCGAUCCAAGAAUCCUGGUGCAGGCAUAUCGUCAACAACAGACAAUGGGUCACCAUACGAAAGGAGUCAAGAACCAGUCAGACGAAUGUCUCUCUUUGGAUACACUGCCUACCCGAUACCAUACCGUCAAAUCGGAAAACACUCUAACACUGCGGUUGUAAAGAAGAAACAUGAAAGAUCGAAAUCAGACGGACAAAUCAUGAUUCCUCCAUUUAUUCGUCGCCAGUGUAAAAGACAUUCGAUAUAUUAGAGUAGUUGAUUCCAAUUUUUCUAGCGGAUAAAAACAACAAAAUAACGUAAACAAUUCCUAUUUCUACCUAUGCUAAAUUGGUGACUUAUACUGACAUAUUAUUCAGAUUGAUACUAUAGGUUUCGCUCAUUAAUCAAAUUCAUUAUAAACUCAAAGUUUUUUUCAUGACCGUAAACGAUAAUAUUGUGUUGCUUAUUAUGAAAUAGUACGCUUAUAAUUUAGGAAUGAUUUCUUCAUAAUCUGUAAUUUUUAUUUGUCUUAUAAAUUUACAAAAAGACUUAUGAAAAAAAAUGGAUUUAUAUUAAUUACACCUCCCACUCAACGUUUUAUUUUUUACAUCUCAGUAGCGGCAUUUAAUGGGAACCCGUUCUUGAAGUAGCCUGAUAUCAGCGAACCUGUUUUUGUUUUUUGUUUUGUAUUAAUAUAAUAUUAGAUUUAUGUAAAAGUUUUCAUGUUAAUGUGGCAUACGUAGUAACAAAUGUACUUUCUUGCAGUUUGCACUUUUCGCGUCAAAGUUUUAGAAUAAUUUUUUAUGAACGAUUUUCUCAAUCUAUAAUGUCAACAACCGAAUUAAUUUUUUGCUUGAUGUCGGAAAUUUGCGUCCGUGAGGUACGACUGAAAUAAGAUAAGAGUCUAACCAAGGUUGAAUUGAUGAAAGAUUGCACUGCGGAUAAAUAAAUCAUACUUGAUCUA